AUGUCGGCUCCAGGAGACGAAUACCAGCCCACCGGCGAGGGCCUCGAAAGCGGCACCACUGCUGACACGACGCAAAACGACUACAAGUCGCGCACGGGCCAGAGCCACAUUCCAGUACAGACCGACGACGCUGCAAUUGAAGAUCCCAUUGACGCCAAAACGGCUGACUCUGAUGAGCAACUGGCUCGUGAUGACGCCGAUGCAAUCGACGAAAGCAACAUCAUUGACGAGCGUACACGUGGAGCGGCGAAGCCGGGCCAAUACCGUGAGCCUGGUGACGAAGAAGGUCUUCCAGGUCCAGAGGAUGGUACUAGCCAAGUUCGUGGAGGGCCCAACCCAUAG